AACUGGCCGGGACAGCCCCACCUCCUUUUUGCUUUCUCUCCCUUCCCUUCUCUUCCCCUUGCCUUUGCCCCUUUUCCCCUCCUCUCUGCUCCCUUCCCACCCGCCUGCCCAGGGACCCCCCAUGUCAGCGGCGCCCAGCUGUGCCCACGGUGUCCUGCUCCGCUGGAGCCCCCGCCAUGGGGCCCGCUGAGGAGCUGGUCCGGAUUGCCAAGAAAUUGGAUAAGAUGGUGGCCAGGAAGAGCACGGAAGGGGCCCUGGAUCUGCUCAAAUCCCUUACCAGUUACACCAUGACCAUCCAGCUACUCCAGACCACGCGGAUCGGAGUGGCUGUGAACUCGGUGCGGAAACACUGCUCGGACGAAGAGGUGGUGGCCUCAGCCAAGAUCCUCAUCAAAAACUGGAAGCGGCUUCUGGAGUCCACCACCACAAAGAAGGAGAAGGACGCAGAUGGGAAGAAGGAGAAGGACGCAGAUGGAGACAAGGAGAAGAAGAAGGGGAUGGAUGUUUCCAGCUGCCCCAGUGAAGGGGUGAAGCACAGCAAGAAUACAGCUGAGAAGCACAGGGAGAAGCACAAGGAGAGGAAGCCCAGCAAGUGUGACUCUCAUGCCACCGCCACCCAGGGCCACUCUGCCGACUCCAGCCCCAAGAGAGAGUCCAGUGACGGCCGGAGCCCCACUGCGUCCUCCAAGAAAUCACCUCUGGAUGGCAAGAGAGAGAGGAGAGCCUCUGCUGACUCCAGGUCCUCGGCUGUGUCCUCCUCUUCCUCCCCACAGAAGAGACUGUCAGGGGAGAGGAGAGCCUCUGUGGGCAGCAGCCUCUCUCCAGCUCCCACCAGCUCCCAGAGAAACUCCGGUGACAGCAAGGAGGAAAGAGCCAACGGCAGCAAGGCCAAACCUGAGGCGCCACGAACUCCCACCAGCCCCUCCUUCUCUCCCAGCCCCUGCUUCCUGGCCCCCUGCUACCUGACGGGGGACUCGGUGCGGGACAAGUGCGUUGAGAUGCUGGCGGCUGCGCUGCGCUGGGAUGACGACUACAAGGAGUUCAGUGUCAAUUGCGAGAAGAUGGCUUCGGAGAUUGAAGACCAUAUCUUCCAGGAGCUGAAGAGCACGGACAUGAAGUACCGCAACCGGGUGCGGAGCAGGAUCAGCAACCUGAAGGACCCCAAGAACCCCGCUCUGCGGAGGAAUGUGCUGUGCGGGGCCAUCGAGCCUGGCCUCAUCGCCCGCAUGACCGCCGAGGAGAUGGCCAGCGACGAGCUGAAGCAGCUGCGGAGCGCCAUGACCCAGGAGGCCAUCCGGGAGCACCAGAUGGCCAAGACGGGCGGCACCGUCACCGACCUCUUCCAGUGCGGGAAGUGCAAGAAGAAGAACUGCACGUACAACCAGGUGCAGACGCGCAGCGCCGAUGAGCCCAUGACGACGUUCGUGCUGUGCAACGAGUGUGGGAACCGCUGGAAGUUCUGCUGAUGCUGCUGGCGAUCGGGCCGGAGGGAACGUGGUGCAAGACGAGAUGCUGUGACACCACGCUGGGCAGCUGGGCUGGGGAGGAGGGGUCAGGGUGGCACCAGCCCCUAAAGCCCAGCUCCUUGUUCCCUUGCACUGGGCUCCCUCGAAUAUCCUGGGGAGCCGGCCUCUGGAAAUGGUCAAAGUUCACUCGAGAAGGUCCCCGUGGAUUCAAUGGUUCUUCCCUGCAAAUACCUGUCCUUGGAUUGGGAUGUGCUGGGAUCCCACUGGGAGCACUCAUUCCUGGAAAGGGAGACUGGUACGACCUGGGGAGCACGUCCUUCCCUGAGAGGAAUCUGGGCUUGGAUGAUUUGGGGGCAGCAGGAGAGACGUCGCUCCACGGGCGUGGGGCUGUGCCUGGGAGCUGAGGGUGGCAGAGGGCCAGGUUUUAACCCAAACACCUUCUUCUCUCCUAAGCACACACAUGGAGGACAUGGAGGGGACGGGGUGGUGGCAGCGUGUCCGGGUGCUGUUGGGGUGCCACUGUGUCCCUCUGCUCGGUGACGAGUGGGCCAUCCAACCUGGCUUGAAGGCACCCAGGAAAGAAGGAAGGAUGGUGGGGAGAGGAGUGGGGAAGAACCCUUCCAGACAGAGUAAUAAAGGUGUGAACUAUC